GUGCCUUUUUGUGUCAGAGUUUGUUUAACAGAGCUCACGCAAGCUUCGUUUGACUGCACCGGAUUGGCCCGUUGUUCCUUUAUUCGGACCAUUUGUCGGCAUUUCCAUGUAUGAUAUCAGCUAGCACUUCAGUCAUUGCUCGUGGCACUGUGGGCCUCAGCCAGAGACUAAAAUGUUACAGUUCGCGCACGGCAGCGCAGUUGGCUUACGCAGAAGCUACAAUGCUCCAGCAUCAGCACACAUAGGGCUCGAGCUUUGGCCAUGCGGCAUACGGCUGACCCAGCCUCGCGCCGCUCGGACCGCCGGGCGCCUCGGCCCCUCGGCGACCGCCGGCCGUGUGGCCCGCGGCCUGGCGUGCAGCUCCGCAACCAGCGGCCCGGCGGCGGCAGUGCUCAGCGGCGGCGGCCCCCGCCUUGCCGCCACCGCACCUGCUGCCACAGGGGCUGGCGGCGGUCUGCGGCAGCUACUGCCGCUAGCCGCCUGGGCCCGUCAAGCCGCACCAGCGCCCGCCACUGCCGCACCUGCAGCAGCCGGGGCGCGCAGCUGUCUCCUGCAGCCGGGGCGGCGCGCGCAGCAGCAGGUGCUGGCGGCUGCAGGGAGGUACGGCAGUGGCGGCACCAGUCACAGGAGCAGUGGCAGGAGCAGUGACAACAGCAGCAGCGGACAUGGCGGCAUCAGCGGCAGCCGCAGUAGCAGUGACGGUGGCGGAAGGGCGGGCAGGGGCAGGGCAGACGGAGGCCAUUGGGCCGGCGGCAGCGGGCGUGGCAGUGGAAGGACGGGCGGUGGUGGUGGCAGGAGUGGUGGUGGCGGUAGGCCGCGUGACCCCGAAGACGUGAUGAUCGGGUAUGCGACUCUGGAGGAGCUGCAAGGAGUCAUUGAUCAGCGGCUGGCGGUGUGGUGCGAGCGGCAAGACGUGAGCACCAUGUCAGCUGCCUUCGGCCGUUGUGGCAAGCUAGAGUCAGCACGCGCCGGCGGGCCCACCGCCACAGCCGCGGCCCGUGCCAACAUCAUUGCGGCCCUUGCGCCUGCUCUCCUUCCGCUCGUCCCACGCAUCCGGCAGCCGGCCGGCUGCAGCCUUCCGCUGUUGGCUCUGGCGAAGGCCGGGGCUGCCAGCGACGGGCGUGUGGAGUCACAGCUGGCGCCGGCACUGCUGCAGCGGCUGGUGGAUCCGGUGUUGCUGGAUAGUGCCACUCCCCAGGCCCUGGCGAACUCACUGUAUGCCCUGGGCAAGCUGCGGGAGGAUCAGCAGCGGCGGGGCUUGGGCUGGGAUCCCACCUCAUCGCCGCAUCUGAAAGCGCUGGCGAGCGCUGUGGCCUCGCGGCUGCGUGCGGCGAGGGGGCACGGCUUCACCGCCCAGGGUGUUUCUAACAGCCUGUGGGCGUGCGCCAAGCUGGGGUACCGCGACUCAGCACUCCUGCUGCCGCUGGCGGAGGCGGCCGCAGCCCUUGCCCCGGACAUGAAUGCGCAAGACCUGGCCAACAGCCUGUGGGCGCUGGAGGCUUUGGGCUGCACCAGACCGGAGUUUCGGGCAGUGCUUAAGGCGCUGUGCGGUGCGGCGCUGCGGCAGCUGCGAACCCCGAAGGAAGCUGCAGCGUUCAUUCCGAGACACCUGUCCAACAUCUUGCUGGCGCUGGAGGGGCUGCAGCUGCGAGGCAAGCAGUCCGAGCUGCUGGCGUCGGCUGUGGCUGCAGAGGGUGUGCGGCGGGGCUUUGCAGGCUUUAACCCGCAAGACCUCAGCAACUCGGCGUGGGCCCUGGCCAAGAUGGGGUAUGGGGCUGGUGCAACGCCGCAAGCCAUGGAGCAGAGCCAUUGGUAUGCGGCCGCGGUGGCAGCAGCUCAGCGGCCCGGGGUCAUGGCCGGCGCCAAGCCGCAGGAUUGGGCCAACCUGCUGUACGCGCUUGCGUUGGUGCGCCACCAGCCACCGCCCACGCUGCUUGACGCAGGCGCCGCGGCGGCGAUGCAGGGAGGCAAUGCACAGGAAUGUUCAAACACGCUGUGGGCGCUGGCGUUGCUGCAGCUGCGGCAUGCCGGCUUGGAGGCGGCGGUGUGCGGCCGGCUGGGUGAGCUGCUGCGGCAAGGCCCGGAGUCGCUUAUUGCACAGGAGCUUUGCAACAGCCUGUGGGCGCUGGCAGUGCUGGCAGGCGGCGGUGGCCCUGCUAGCCCGGCUGCCGCUGCGAUGGCCCCGGCGCUUGCCCGCGAAGCCGCGCGGCGCCGUGAGGGGUUUCAGACCGAGGGGCUACUGCAGCUCUGGCAAGCGCAACAUGAGCUGGGCGGCGAGGUGGCGGAGGCUCUUGCCCGCAGCCCCGACCUGCUAGCCGCGAUUGAGGCGGCGGUAGCUGCCGUACAGGCGACGGGGUCGACCACCAGCAGUCUGCAGGAGCAGGUGGCAGAGGCGCUUCAGCGACUGCUGCAGAAGGGUCGCCUGCCCAUCGUUUCGGUGCGGACGGAGGUGGUGGUGGAGGGCGUGCUGGGGCGUGUGGAUAUUGUGGCGGACUGGAGCGAUGGGCGCAGAGUGGCAAUCGAGGUGGACGGGCCAGACCACUUCCUCACCAACCGGAAGGACGACCCGUCCGCGGUAAACGGAUCCACGGCCCUACGUAACCGGCAGCUGCAGCGGGCGCUAGGCGAGGGAGGCCUGGUGUGUGUGCCGUUCUGGGAGUGGUACGGUCUGAGGACGCCUUCCGCUCAGGAGGCCUACCUGCUGCAGCGGCUGCAGGAUCUGCUAUCGGGCGCUUCGUCAGGAGCAGCAGGAGGGGGAGGCAGCGCCGCCGCCCCUCGCCACCAGCAGCAGCGGACGACUCGGCUGCAGCCGGACAUUGCCGGCAGCAGCACCACCAGCACCACCAGCACCGCUAACAGCAGCCAGAAGAGGCGCGUCCUCGUUGUCCGCAGAAAGGCGCUGAAGCAGGAGGCGGCCGGCGGCGGUGGGGCGGGAGGGGCCUCGAAUGCAACAGCAGCUGCAGCGACGGUAGCGGUUGCGGGGGCUGAGUCAGUGGCCCCUGCCUGGCAGCAACCAGUGGAAAAGGCGCAGCGGCUUCCCAGCAGUGGCGCUGGUGGCGGUGCUGGCGAGGGCGGGGAAGACGGAGCUUCUCUGGCGCCGCAGCCUCCACCACCGCAGCAGCAGCACGUGUCAGCGCCCCGGGCGCGCCGCAGCAGCAGCCAAACCCAAAGCCGUAGCCGCAGUAGCUAGGCGGGCUGGCCAGCUCCUGCUCCUGCUCCUCCUUCGGUUAAGGCCCCGCCGCCGGAGCAGAUGCAGGCGGCAGCGCCACCCAGGCGGGCCGCGGGUGGGAAGCGGACUGAGCGGAAAGCGGCGGCGGCUCCGGCAGCAGGCGGCGGUGGUGGCGGCGGCGGCGGCGGCGGCAGUGACUCUGGGGCGGUGGUGGUGCCAGCCGCGGUCUGUGAGAAGCGAUUGUCGGUGGUGGCCGGGGAGGCGGACUCGUUGGCAGCAGCUGUAGAAUGUGGUGGUGGGCAUGGCAGCGGCGGGGGCCUGCCCGCGGGCAGCAGGCGGGGACCGGCAGGCGCGCGGCACAGAAGCCUUGCAGCAGCGAGUGACCGAAAGGGGGCGGAGCAGUGACCUGGGUUAGUGGUUGCAACACAAACAUGCACACGUCUUGUGAUUUGCGUUCCGUUACUCCUUGUGCCCGGGCCAAGCAUACGUGUGUGUAUAUGGAGCACUGAGAGCAACAUGCUAGGGCGCGCCACGACGGGCUUUGGGCUUUUGUGUGGCGUGUGUUUGGUGCGAUGCCCAGUUCGGUAGGCAUCUGUGGUGACCGUCAGGCAGGCACCAAGUUUGUGGCAUGCUGUAUGUGUUGUGUUUGGUAUGUAGGUGCGCAGGCCGGAGGGCCACGGGUCAGCGGUGGCAGUGGCCGUGGCCCGGGGCGUGUGUGUGUCACUGUGUUGGUGGCGGCUGACGUGGCGAGCAGGCGUGACGGUGGGGGACAGGUUAAGGAAGGGGCGGAGGCAGAGGUGGAAUUUGGGGGUUGCAGCGCGUGUAGCAGGCCAUGGCUGGGCCCGGUUGGCUGGCAAUACGAGGUGCAGCAUGUCUGUGGUGGGGUUCACGCCCAUCGGUAUUCUUCCUGAUGUGUGGAGGCAGCACAGCCAGCACGAGGCUAACAUCAAGUUCAUGAGCAUAAAGCGACCUCGGCCCUGGCCAUCGGGCCGUUCCAAUGCAAUCCUAUCUGCUGCUUCUAAUGGAGUGAAUCUGUAAUGGGAAUCGGGUGCAGGCCUGGGGCGGAAGGGGCGGCGCUGAUAGCCUGGGGCACCAGCGGGGCCGUGUGCGUAGCCUUGGUUCGGAGCGAGGGCACAUGCUGCUCACGUGACAUUGCUCCAAAGCAUGUAUCAACGGAAUCUUGGGGAGGGGGGGUGCAGGGGGGAGGGUGUCCCUCCCCCCGCAGUGCCGAGGGCGGGGGCGGGGAUCGCCGAGCUGCAAGUUCGCAGCACAUUCGCGCGAGUUCGCAGGACUUCGGAACUGUGCAUGCUUUCACGCCCCAAUGAUAUCAAUGAAUACGUCUUCUCUUGAACUUUGCAAAAGCUUUCGUCUUAGCCGAUCGGCAAGCGCGCCUUCACAUUUUCUUGAGAAUGAGCUAUCAGAAAAGCCUGUGGGCGCUGCUAGUAAAUUGCGUUAUAGGUUAUUGCUCUGCGCAAUCUCGCGCCUGCCGAGAAAACGCAGUUAUUUGCUUCGUUCAUACGCUGCAUUCGCUCUUGCGCCCUGGGGAGAAGAUCACGUAUAGACAAAGCUAUAAGCAAUCCAUCAUGAUGAUUAGUUUAGAGUGAAUCACGCUGUAGCGCAAGCGCACAGGAUUGCGCCAUUUUUUCAACUUCAUGGGUAGAUAGCUGGGCUAAAGGAGGCGAGGAGCAUGGGGGUCAUUCGGGGAUAUCUCCUCGGGUGAGCGUGCGUGUCUCGUACGUUUUUGGGGCCCUGGCUUAGUCCACGGCUGUCGUCCCACAUGUAACCUCUAUCAGCUAAAAACUCGCAAGAGGUAGUCUUAUGACGCCGACCCACGGCUUAGGUGAGCAGCGCUAGCGUUUGCGGUGAGCCGGGCCUGGGGUUCCUCCCCUCUCCGGAGGCGAGGAGCAUGGGGGUCAUUCGGGGAUCUCUCCUCGGGUGAGCGUGCGUGUCUCGUACGUUUUUGGGGCCCUGGCUAGUCCACGGCUGUCGUCCCACAUGUAACCUCUAUCAGCU